GCUGAGGCUGAGGCGGCCGCGGCGGCGCUCGGACGCUCGCUCGGACUCGGCGGACGCGCGGGCGCAGGGUCUAUUACUAUGGCAAUGACGGCUGGGACGACGACCCCCUUUCCUAUGAGCAACCAUACCCGGGAAAGGGUGACUGUGGCUAAGCUCACGCUGGAGAAUUUCUACAGCAACCUUAUUAUACAGCACGAGGAACGAGAAACCAGGCAAAAGAAGUUAGAAGUGGCUAUGGAAGAAGAAGGAUUAGCAGAUGAAGAGAAGAAGCUGCGCCGCUCACAGCAUGCUCGCAAGGAGACAGAGUUUUUACGGCUCAAGAGGACCAGACUGGGCCUGGAUGACUUCGAGUCUCUGAAAGUGAUAGGAAGAGGAGCCUUUGGAGAGGUGCGACUCGUCCAGAAGAAGGACACAGGCCAUAUCUACGCGAUGAAGAUACUGCGGAAAGCUGAUAUGCUCGAGAAAGAGCAGGUCGCCCAUAUCCGAGCAGAAAGAGAUAUUUUGGUAGAAGCAGAUGGUGCCUGGGUGGUGAAGAUGUUUUACAGUUUUCAAGAUAAGAGGAACCUUUAUCUAAUCAUGGAAUUUCUCCCUGGAGGUGACAUGAUGACGUUACUGAUGAAGAAAGAUACCUUGACAGAAGAGGAGACCCAGUUCUACAUUUCAGAGACUGUCCUGGCGAUCGACGCCAUCCACCAGCUGGGUUUCAUCCACCGGGAUAUUAAACCAGACAACCUUUUGUUGGAUGCCAAGGGUCAUGUAAAGCUGUCUGACUUUGGUUUAUGCACGGGAUUGAAGAAAGCUCACAGGACUGAAUUCUACAGAAACCUAACGCACAAUCCGCCCAGUGACUUCUCAUUUCAGAAUAUGAAUUCAAAGAGGAAAGCUGAAACGUGGAAGAAGAACAGGAGACAGCUGGCAUAUUCCACAGUGGGAACGCCAGAUUACAUUGCCCCAGAAGUAUUCAUGCAGACUGGCUACAACAAGUUGUGUGACUGGUGGUCUCUGGGAGUAAUUAUGUAUGAAAUGCUAAUAGGGUACCCGCCUUUCUGCUCUGAAACUCCUCAGGAAACAUAUAGAAAAGUGAUGAACUGGAAAGAAACUCUGGUCUUCCCUCCAGAGGUGCCUAUUUCUGAGAAAGCCAAGGACUUAAUUCUUAGGUUCUGUAUCGAUUCAGAAAACAGAAUCGGCAAUAGUGGGGUAGAAGAAAUAAAAGGUCACCCUUUCUUCGAAGGUGUAGACUGGGGCCACAUCAGAGAACGGCCGGCCGCGAUCCCUAUUGAGAUCAAAAGCAUCGACGACACAUCCAACUUCGAUGACUUCCCGGAGUCUGACAUUCUGCAGCCAGUGACCAACACCACAGAGCCGGACUAUAAAUCCAAAGACUGGGUCUUUCUCAAUUACACCUAUAAACGGUUUGAAGGGUUGACUCAGCGCGGCUCCAUCCCCACCUACAUGAAAGCCGGGAAGCUCUGAGCGAAGAGCACUUUGCCCCACACCGAGAGCUCAGGUCGCUGCAACCUGGCCUUGCUUGGCGUAGAAGGCACUUCCCUCACUGGCUCCCAAGGACCGCGGUGCUUCCGACCACAGAGGAAAUUCUACCGGAGUAGGAUUUCUGAGACUGCUGCAGGAAUUGGUUGGCAAUGCCAGCUGGCUUUAUUAUUUUUUUGUAUAUUAUUAUUAUUUUUGUUAACUUUAUUAUACAAAGGUACUGGAAUAAAAGAAAUGUAUAUCCCUUUCUACCUGCACUGCCUACAUGCAUAUUAAGCUCCAUUCUGCCUGUGUGUGCUGUGGCUUGGUACCGUGACACCUCUAAUCAGCCAGGAGAAGCGUCCC